UUCAAGGUGAGCUAUGGGCAGAGCUUCUUCUUGUUCGUCUUUGGGUUCAUUGCCACCGAGUUUGUCGGAGUGCUAAACAUUUUUCUCUUCAUCAACAUGCACGAGAUGAACUACUACAGUCGACUACCCUGCUUUAGUUUGACCAACAUACAUUCCACCACCAAGGAAGACGAGGAUUAUAAUGUGCUCAGCCACUCGUACAGGCGCUAUCACCAGCCGAACACGGCAACGGCGACGGCUGCCGGCCAGGAGGCGAUGCCAGUGGCGGUGCGGGAGUCGCAAUAUCAAGCUGGUCAGCAGCAGCAGCAGGUGCGAUCGGUGGCCCAGCGCUCGAGCAAUGCACGAUUGCACCAAGUGCAUGAUGCUAGACGUGGACCCAGCCAGACGCAGACGCUGCCCGCAGGCUAUGCGUGCCGCAAGCAUCCGAACGCCAAUGGAGGCGACUCCAAUCAGAAUCUUUAUCUACACAACGAUCUUGAACGUCGCUUCUACUUUGAGAAGCCCGCAGUCUCCAAGUGCAAUUUGCACUCUCGCAGCUUUGCCAAGUCAUUGAACGAGCUGUGUCUCGAGCCACUCUCAAGACCAGCACCAGCCCCACCGCCACCGCCACCACCGACUACAAAUAUGUUUGCCGAUUUGCCACAGGAGUUUCCGCUAACGCGCUCCGUGUCGACCACCACAGAUAUCUACACAGUGCCAACGGCGAUCCAGCUGAAGCGCAAACAGCUGCGCAACAUGGCCACCAACACUCGCACGGACCAGCGCGACGAAGAAGAGGAGCAAACGGCGCAGCUGUGCGGGCUGAAGCGCGGCCUGCGCAAGACUAAGGAUGAGCUAUUCCAGGAAUUCUGCAAGCGGGCUGGAAUGCGCGCCAAGCCAAAGAAUAUCUACUAUAUUCCCAGCGAGGAUCCGGAUGAUGCGCCCCCGCUCCAAGAACCACAGCCCCAACGGCGCGGCUACGAGGAGAGCCAAAAGAGCCAUCACAAGAUGCAUGAUGAAGAUGACGCCGAUGGCGACGAUCAUGGAUUCCGACAGUUUCGCUCUGGCCCCAAAAAAAACGAAGAACAUCUCUAUAUAGUCGGCGAUCACGCUCAGCUGGUCAUGCCUCGGCGAGUGUCCAUGUGCGUGGAGCCUAUGCUGCCGGCGCAGCAGUUGCGGAAACUGAACUCCAAUAUGUCGCUGCACAUGCCACAAACAGAGGUGUGGCCCUGGAUGGCGCAACCACGUCUCGUCUCGGAGCAUGGUCAGAGCCGGACGCUACCGCGCUGCUUCCUGCGCCAAACAGCCGGCAGUCAGGACAGCCUGGGCUCACUGCAAAGCAGCUACAGCGCCAGCCAGCUGCGUUUCUCGCAGCUGAUGCAGCAGCAUCAGCAGCAACUGCAUCAGCAGAAUCGUUAUCUGUCCACGCUGACGCUGCCCCGGGCCGUCGAUGAGGCUCAGAUCAAACCGCAGUCGCAACAGCAGCAUCAGCAGCAGCCGCUGCCACAGCCACAGGCGCAACCGCAGACACAGUCGGCGGUGCAGUGGCCUUCGGCUAUACCAUCCUCGCCGUCCAACUAUGCCAACGGCUAUCCAAUGCCGCAGCCACAUUACGCUCCGGCUAUUGCUGUGCCGGUUUCCAGCAGCAUCGCCGGCUCGCAUCCGCCCAAGUUCCAGCGCGCCUACGCCUUCGACGAUGCCCAGCGCCGGGCUAGCCAGGCUAGCUGUGCCGCUUCGGAAGCCUUCGAUCUGGACGAGAUGGAGCGCGAGCGUAGACGCUCCCAUGCCAGUCUCUUCGGUGGCCCAGGUAUGCCGCAGACGCGGGAGCAAUACGACCUCAUCAAUGGCACCGCGGUUUAGACCGAAGCAAGAAGCCUAAGCCCGGAGAGCUAGCUGUAGUAUGUCACGGUCAAACCUUCGAAAUCAAAUUGGUUGUAUCUGAAUCUCAAUGUUGACUGUUAAAUGAAAAGUUGCAACAUGAAUAACUCUUAAGUACGGUUUCUCCAAUUCAUUUAUUCGUGUCAUAGAACGAUUGCAAGACAUAUGAAUCUAUAUAUCUAUCUCGCUCUUCAUGCGUAUAUAUUCCUAGAGUGCUCUUUCAAUGUGGAUCCUAUGUAAUAACAUUUAUAAUUUUAAGUGUCUGUCAUCAUAUUUUAUCAUAGCUUUCAUUAAAUGUAUGUUCUCCAUUAAAUGCAUGUAUAUUCAGAUAUAGAUAAUACUGAUGUAACUGUAAAAUUUAGUAGCUGCUAUUCUAUCAAGAAUAUAUAUACACAGAUAUACA